UAUGUCGAUAUGAUCUCACGGCAAAUGUUAAAAGCAAAAAGGAGUCGAUGCUGUAAUCGAACUCUUGCUUCUCCACACGACGAUCUCUCUUCUCCGUUGUUCUUGCGAUCCUUCAGUUCACCCUGCCUUGAGCUAUAGACUCUUGGUUUGUCUUCCGCUUCCUGUCGUGCUCCUGAUCCGGAAGAGGUACUUGCCGGUGUUCCUCUCGUGGUUGCGGCAAAUUGAAUUCUUUCGAUCAAAAAUUUGUUCGUGCUCGUUGGGAUUAGAAGUGCAAGUUCAAUACUUCUGAAGCUCGUACACUGAAAAGGUUGUUCAUUGAUGACUCAUGAGCAAAGGUUAGGAUUUGAGGGAUCUAUUUAUUUUGAUCAGAGAAAAGAAAGAAUACCUGACAUGGAAAACUCUGAAGAUGAGCUGAGGAGAACAAAAAUAGGAUCUUUAAGGAAAAAAGCAUUGCACGCUUCCACUAAACUUACUUAUUCCCUGAAGAAGCGGAGUAAGAAGAGAGUUGAUUUCAGAGUUCCUUCAUUUUCAAUUGAGGAUGUGAGAGAUGCUGAAGAGGAGCAAGCAGUCCAAGCAUUCCGGCAAGAACUCAUUACAAAAAAUCUGUUACCUGAUAAGCAUGAUAAUUACCAUACAUUGCUCAGAUUCCUUAAAGCCAGGAAAUUUGAUUUUGAGAAAGCAAUACAGAUGUGGGACGAGAUGCUUCAAUGGAGAAAACAAUUUGGAACAGACUCAAUUCUGGAGGAUUUCAAUUUUGAAGAGCUGGAGGAUGUCUUGCACUAUUAUCCUCAGGGGUAUCACGGAGUUGACAAGGAGGGAAGACCGAUCUAUAUUGAGAGGCUUGGGAGUGUUGAGCCUGACAAGCUUAUGUGCAUAACUACAGUGGAGCGCUACUUGAAAUAUCAUGUGCAGGAGUUUGAGAGAACCCUGAAUGAGAAAUUUCCUGCAUGUUCUAUAGCUGCCAAAAGAUAUAUUGGCUCAACAACAACAAUAUUGGAUGUACAGGGUGUAGGAUUGAAGAAUUUCAGCAAAACAGCAAGGGAUUUGUUGCUUAACAUGAACAAGAUAGACAGUGAAUACUAUCCUGAGACACUUCAUCAAAUGUUUGUGAUAAAUGCUGGACAUGGAUUUAAACUUCUGUGGAACACUGUAAAAGGCUUCCUCGAUUCCAAAACAACUUCAAAAAUACAUGUUCUUGGUGCAAAGUACCAGAGUAAGCUUCUUGAAGCAGUUGAUUCAAGCCAAUUGCCUGAUUUUCUUGGUGGCACAUGUACUUGCUACACUCAGGGAGGAUGCCUCAGGUCUAAGAAAGGACCCUGGAACGACCCAAUUAUAAUGAAAAUUGUAAAUUGCAUUGGAACAUCAUGUAUUAGUGAAAUCAGGCAUGGACAUGGCCAACAGAUCAAUGCAUCUUAUUCCAGGCGACAUCCAUCAAAGAGAAGUAACAGAGGUACAACUGCUGGAUCAGGAUAUGAGGUAGACUAUCUUGAUUCUCCAGUCAUAUCAAUGACUCCUGAACAUAAUCAUUCAGCUCUGGUGCAUGAAGAUGUCAGAGCAGCAGAUUCUAUGUCUUCCUAUGGAUGUACUAAUCAUGUUGUACCUGAACCAUCUGGCGGUAAAAUGCCAGUAUCUGCAGCGAACUUGUCUGAUGAAGUAAAGGAUGAUAGCCAUUCUUUUCCUGCAAGAGCCUCACAUUCAUUAGGCAACUUGUCCUUUGAGGGGCACAAUGCCACUGAAAAUGAGCCAAGAGGAAAAUUGCAAACUUUUGGUAGAGCAUUGAUCACUUUGUUGGUAAAAGUAUUGUCCUUCCUUGGUAUCUUUCAAUCUAGAACAGACCAGAGACUGUGUAGCAUUCACCCAUCAGAUAGACUGAGGUUGAUACAUGAUAAACAUUCAAACUUAGAAUCUGCCAAGGAAGAUGAUGUGACUCCAUGUAUCCAACGUCUUGAUAAGCUUGAGUCAUUGCUUAAUGAACUUAGCAGAAAACCUGCAGAAAUUCCACAGGAGAAAGAGCAGGCAAUCCAAGAUUCAAUGAAUAGGAUUAAAAAUGUUGAGUCAGAUCUUCACAAGACAAACAAGGUAUUACAAGCAACUGUGACGAAGCAAUUGGAGAUUGAAACGUCUAUAGAAGCUCUAAAUGAUACUACUGUUAGGAGGAGAAAAUUUUGGUGAUGCCUAAGGUAAAGUUCUAUAAACAGAGAUGACCACACUUCCUUCCAUACUUCGCAAUUUUUUUGUUCUUUUGGCAAAGAAAAAUAGAAGAAAAGGAGUUGAGUGGGGGUAAUUAGGAAGAUCACAGUGCAUCAAUCAUGCAAGAAGCAGAAUGUGUGGCAAGAAGCUUGCAAAGAGAUGGACAAUGUAAAAGAAGAGCCUAGUAGAUAGAUAAAACAUGAUUUUUUUUUUCCCCCUUUCAUCUUAUUUUCCCACUUGUUCUAGUGUGAGUUUUUCCUGGACGCAAUUUAUGUAAAUAAUUGUAAUAGGAUGUUGUUGUUUGAUGCCUCAGGGUGUUCAUGUACUGCUUACAUGCUACAUCUAGUAGACUUCAUGCU